AUGGCUCGCCGCAUGGGGUCCGUCCGCCUCAAGAGGGCCAACCCCAUAACCGUCGCAGUGGGCGCCCUCCUCUGCAUCUUCAUCGUCCUCUUCCUGUUCUACCCCUCCGGGUCCUCCCAUGCCACCACCUCACAACGGGCCGGCGCCGCCGUCCACCCCCUCUCCCCUCCGACAGCGCCGUACCGAAGAAUUCCCGGCCUCUCCGAGUCAAGACCGCCGCCGGUCAUCCGCUACAACAUGAACAACAUCACCGCCACCGCCGACCCGGAGGGCAACCGCGAGAACAUCCUCCUCCUGACCCCGAUGGCGCGUUUCUACCCCGAAUACUGGGCCAACCUCCUCCGGCUGACGUACCCGCACGAGCUCAUCACGCUGGGCUUCAUCCUCCCCAAGACCAAAGAGGGCAACGAGGCCACGGCGGCGCUGCAGAAGCAGAUCGCCAAGACCCAGCGGCACGGGCCCGCGCGGGACCGGUUCCGCAGCAUCGUCAUUCUGCGGCAGGACGACGAGCCGGCGCUGGCCUCGCAGGACGAGGGCGAGCGGCACAAGCUGGCGAACCAGAAGGCGCGGCGCGCCGUCAUGGCCAGGGCGCGCAACGCGCUCCUGUUCACCACGCUGGGCCCGGACGCGAGCUGGGUGCUCUGGCUGGACGCCGACAUCGUCGAGACGCCGCCCUCGCUGAUACAGGACCUGGCGGGGCACGACCGCGCCGUGCUCGCGCCGAACUGCUUCCAGCGGUACUACGACGAGGAGACGCGCCGGGCCGAGGAGCGGCCGUACGACUUUAAUAAUUGGCAGGAUAGCGAAGUGGCGCAGAAGCUCGCGGGGGCGAUGGGGCGGGAUGAUAUCUUGUUGGAAGGGUACAGGGAGAUGCCGACGUACCGCGCGCUCAUGGCGUACAUGGCGCAGGAGGGCAAGGAUGAGAAGUUCGAGGUGCCGCUGGAUGGGGUGGGCGGGACGGCGUUGCUUGUCAAGGCGGAUGUGCAUCGCGAUGGUGCCAUGUUCCCGCCUUUUGCUUUCUAUAACCUCAUUGAGACGGAGGGGUUUGCCAAGAUGGCCAAGAGGUUGGGGUGGCAGCCGUACGGCUUGCCGAAUUACAAGGUUUACCAUUACAACGAGUAG